AUGGCUACAUCCCCUCUCUUUCUCUCCCACAGCAGUUCCAGCUCUGACUUUGCCAUGCAGAGGUUUGACCGGGAUUCAGAGGUCUACAAGAUGAUCCAGGAGAACAAGGAGUCUCGCACGGCCCCUCGACAGUCCAACACCUUCCGCAUGCUGCAGGAGGUUCUGGAGGCCGAUGAGAAGGGUGAGCAGAGCCUCCCAUAAACCCACUCCUCAUCACUCAGUCUUUCUGUGUCAUGCUACAUUUCUGUUCACAUCUAAUAAACAGCUGUGUGGGAUGGACUGGAGCCAUAAGUGCUUUGCUUUCAUCUCCGUCCCGUUUGAAACCUAUUUGAUGGGUCUACUGGAUGUCAAUUCUCAGAGGUGGAUAGAGGUCAUUCGUAGAUAGUGGUCAUUAUGUCAAAUUCAACAAAAUGUGCCCCAAUUUACUGAAUUGUUUCAUCAAACUUGUAUUCUGUCUGGCUACAAAGACAGUUAUUUGAUAUCAACAGAUGCAUCUGGCCAUAACCUGGCCCAGAGCUGACUUAGAACAUUGUUUUCAAUGGAGAGCAGUGUGAGUGUUGUUGUUUUUACUUUGCUUAGAGGACUGGCAAAGAAAACAAGCGGAGCUGGUAAUAAGAGUUUUAUGAAGCGAUAACUACCAGCGUGUGGACACUGUUCACACCGGGUCAUAAACUAGUGGUGUUCAGACAAGCACUGUCUGCUAUGGGAGGACAGACCUGACACAGGGCAGUAAAGAAGAAGAAAUGAUGUGAUAACCAGGUUGACAGAGAGGCAUAACUCUGCCUUGAUUCCCUGCUGUGUGUGUGUGAAUGGGAAUCCAUCUGCUAUUGGCUCUGACUGACUGUGCUCUAUUCUGUUGUUCUAUGCAGAGGCAGCCGUGCGGUUCCCAGGGCUCUCCCCCAAACCCACCCCCCCAAAACCCACAUCUCCCGGGGGCGGAGUCCCCAAGUACCACACCUGUGAGAAGUGUGGCACCAGCAUUGUGUAAGAGCCCAUAAUGACACGUCACCUGUUGUGACAUGUUCUCUCUGUCCACAGGAGUAACUUGAAGUGUCAUUGCGUAACAGAUUAAUAAGCAGCUGCCAAAUACAAGCCCUGACAAUGAUAACUUGCCCUAAGGUGCAGGAUGUUCCUCAUAAACACAGAGGAGCUGAAUUAAUAAACCUUCCUACAGUGUUUGUGUACAUAAUGUACAAAGAUUAAAAGAUUCUGAAAUAAUGUUUGUGUUUAUGACUGUGCCCGUCUGUAUGCAGUACACAGGUGGUGCGCAUUAUGGACGACCGCUUCCGCCACCCAGAGUGCUACACCUGUUCUACACCAGAGUGUGGUCUCAACCUGAAGAUGCGAGGUCACUUCUGGGUGGGAGAGGAGAUGUUCUGUGAGAAGCAUGCCCACGAGAAUUACCAGGGCCUUGGCACUGCCCCGCGUGCCACCAUCUCGCCCCGCCACUGAGGCUCCGUGGCACCCAGCUUCCCCUCCCUAGGACCCUGAGGGCUGGCACCCCAACUCUACUGACUCACAGCAAUAGACCAUGGGCUGGGGAACGGGAGUGGGGGGGCCAACACUUCAGAGGUUGCGCCAUUUCUAUUGCAUUUAACUAUACUCUGCAGUUAUAGCAUUCAGUUACUUACCUUUCCUGUAAUUGGAUGAGGUUUGGAUGGAACUUUUUAUUUUCCAUGGUCUUUUCCCAGGCCCUCCUGGUUUAGCCCUUUUAUAGGUUUAUUGUUAGCUCUAAUGUACAGCUGUAUCUUAUUCAGACCACUGUACACCAACCUAUUAGACAACAGGACUGGUUUCCUGCUGGUGUAUGAAUCAGAUCAAUGAUGGAGCGCAACAUUUAAUCCUUUAAACCACAUUGAAUCUCCUGCUGACCCAUUCGGAAGAAUGGAAACCAACUCUUCAUUUGAAUUACAUGGUAUUUGAAAAACAGAAGACAAAUUACAAAGGGUGAAAUUUCAUCUACGUCAAAGUUUGUACUGUAGUUGUGGUUGUGUGCAUUUGUGUGUGUGAUUCAACUUGAGCAAGAGUUCCGAUAAUUCCUUUUGAAGUGAUGGUUUAAUAAGUGCCUGAAUUGCUGCCAUUUCCCCCUGCUAUUGGUAUCACUAUUGAAAGUUUUUAGUGGAUUCAGCUCUCAGGCCAAACGCCUGUUUGGUUUCCUUUUGCAAUUUAGUUGGAAUUAUGAAAUACUUACUUACCUUCUCAUUGCUUUUUGUUGAAUAAGGGAAUAUAAAGAUAC